CAGGCGCAAACGAACACACAGAGGACAGGAUCUUACCACAAGGAUUUCAGCUCUUCUUAAAAAGCUCUUAGGAGCUCAUCACCACCAGUAAAGCUGUAUAAGCACCGGGUUGACGGGACCGAAGGAAGUGGCGCAUCUUACGGGGAGCUGCCUGCUGACAUCGCCAUGAGUUACAAACCCAUCGCCCCUGCGCCGUCUGGCUCCAACCACACUCCUCCAGGCUCCUCUGUUCCCUCUCCAUCCCUCCCCUCGUCGUCCAGCUUUAGGCCAGCUUUCAGUGACUUUGGCCCGCCCUCCAUGGGUUUUGUUCAGCCUGUCAAAGUGUCUCAAGGAUCCACCUACAGUGAGCUGCUGUCUGUCAUCGAGGAGAUGAGCCGUGAGAUCAGGCCCACAUAUGCUGGGAGCAAAAGCGCUAUGGAGCGGCUAAAGAGAGGAAUAAUCCAUGCCCGUGCACUGGUCAGGGAGUGUCUUGCAGAGACGGAGAGAAGCGCCCGCACAUAACCUUUUGGAAAGAGAUGGUCAUCCCUCACUCUCACUGUAAAAGCCCUUAUUAUUGUGUUGUUGUUUUUUUCAAUUUCUCCCAUCUUUUGUGCUUUUUCUGAUGCCUUUUGAUAUUGGCACAGUAUGUUCCUCUUGUCGACACUGUUCCCUGUAUCUCGCUACACCUGAUUUGUUGAUGAAAUUUUCUGUGAACUGUGGGGUGUGUACAACAUGCAGUUUUGUAUCUAUUUUGAACACAUUUUUAAGUAGAGUUGUUGGGGGGAAGAAAACUUGUUCAAUGACAAUAUUUAGUAUUUGUUUAAUAAUGGCCACUGACCAAUAGAUUCACUUCUCUUAAAUGUUCACUGUUUAAGAAAAGCAAUGUUCAAACUACACAUAUCCUCAAAUUUCUAUUCUCAUUGCAGCCACUUAAUAUUUUCUGAAUUUCUUGAACAGAGCUUUGUUUCAUAUUUUGUAGUGUAAACUCAAGAUGUUUCACAACCCCAAUAACUCUGUACAUCUCAAUUUGUUAAUAUGGAAAUUUUGUAAACCAAAUUUUUACAGUUCAGUAUGUAUAUCUUAAUUAAAUAACAAAAAAUAAAAUUGUGUUUCAUGUUU